AUGAUGUUGGCAAAUAAACCAAACGGUUACAGUUCAUCAGUCGCUAAUACUUCUGAAAAGGAGGUAUCAGAUAUUUCUGAAAGCGAGGCCAAUUAUGAUGAAAACCGCGUAGAAUCAGCGCAACCAGAUUUAGUUGUCGCGAAAGAUGAAGGCAGAUGGGUAUGGCGACUUCGUUUGUUGGUGGCAUUUGUCCUCAUGUCUGCUAUGAUUGCAGUGUGCGUAGGAGUAUACUUGAAUGGACGCAGGAAUGAACAAGAAAGCUUUGAAAGGGAUUUCGAGGGUCUCGUCGACAAGCUUGUCAUUUCCUUCGAGUCCGUCGCGAAACAACGCUUCGGUGCCAUCGAAAUAUUCGUCUCUGGUGUUACUGUGACUGCAAACCAAACUUGGCCUUUCGUCACUCCUCAGGAAUAUACGAGACGAGCCACAGCGGUGCAUGAGAUGGCAGCUCUUUUGUAUUCAAUUAUGCUCGUGAGAGUCACGGAUGAUCAACGAACCGAAUGGGAGGAGUAUACGGCGGCAAAUCAAGAUUGGAAAAGAGAAGGCAUGGCGUUCUUGAUGAGCAUGGACCCAGCUGACAUCGUCGCGGCACCAAUGUCGCCAACAAUAAUGGACAAAGAUACUACCCAUGAUGUGAGAGUUAUUGAUGCAGGUCCUGGACCAUAUUUUGUCAGCUGGAUGACGAACCCUGUCAACAACGGGACAGCAACGAAUGACAACUUCUACAGAGAUUCAGAGCACCGAGCAAACAUGGAUUAUGUUAUUGCCAACAAGAGACCUGCGUUUGGACCUAGCUUUGACUACGUUGAUCCAGCUACGCCAAAGGACGAUAGAUACAAUAUAUACCGAGCAGCGUCAGAUUUGGAAUAUCAAGGUGACCCAACUGCUGUAGUCCAAUUUCCAAUCUAUGAUACACUGGGCCGAGGUCGCUCUGUUGUUGCCAUUUUCUUCACCAUCGUCUACUGGAGAACUUACUUCGACGGCCUUUUACCAAACGGAGCCGAUGGUAUCUAUGUCAUCCUCGAAAACACGUGUGGACAGCAGUAUACCUACCAAGUCGAUGGGCUCGAAGCGAAAUUCUUUGGUCACGGUGACCUUCAUUCUCCCAAAUAUGAUUACCUGUCGAAGGGGACGGAUAUAGAUUUGAUCUUUGAUUUCGCAGCAGAGCAGGAUGAGGAUCCUAGUUGUCACUACAGCAUCCGAGUGUAUCCUUCUGACGAAUUUCGAGACCGCUACGAGACAUCCGAGCCUUUGCUGUUUGCAAUCAUUCUUGCUGCCGUUUUUGUGUUCACAGCUGCAGUCUUUCUCUUAUACGACUAUAUGGUAGAACGACGACAGAAAGCGGUCAUGAAAUCGGCACUUCAGUCUGGAAAACUCGUACAAUCCCUCUUCCCAGCGGCUGUCAGGGACCGCUUGUAUGAAGAACAAGAAGCAAAAAAUAAGUCUUCCACAUGGCAGGCAGAAAAGAACCCAGGUGAAAACCACAAGGAGGCCAUUGCCAGCGAGUACCCCGAUACCACCAUCUUCUUCGCCGACCUCGUUGGUUUCACCAAAUGGAGUGCAACUAGGACACCAGUUGAGGUGUUUCAGCUAUUGGAAGCUUUGUAUGGCGAGUUUGACACCAUCGCAAAUAAGCGAGAUGUCUUCAAAGUUGAGACUAUCGGCGACUGCUACGUGGCAGUCACCGGACUUCCAAAUCCGCAAGAAAAACAUGCAGAGAUCAUGGUGAAGUUUUCUGUCGACUGUCUUGCAAAAAUGAGAAAUAUAGUUUUGUCACUGGUGGCAACCUUGGGAGAGGAUACGGCAGCCCUGGCCAUGCGUGUAGGCCUGCACAGUGGUCCAGUCACAGGGGGUGUUCUUCGCGGACAAAAGUCUAGGUAUCAGCUCUUUGGAGAUACUGUGAAUACUGCGUCAAGGAUGGAGAGCAAUGGAAUGAGUGGCAAGAUCCAUGUGUCCCAAUCCACAGCUGAUGAGCUAGUGAAAUUAGGUCGGUCUUCAUGGCUAGUGGCUUGUGACGAGAAGCUACCCAUAAAGGGGAAGGGUGACAUGCAGACAUAUUUCGUCCAACCAAGCAGCCAGACCAAUUCGGUGUCGCGGCAGUCGUCGAGUUAA